AUGUCCUCCUACGCAUCCUCCGUCGGAUCCAACAGCGAUGACAAUUCCUCCCCCACCUCCUCUUCAGAGGAGGAGAGGACCGUCGCCGCCAAGAAAGCUGCCUCGGCCUCGAAGCGUAACAACGAGCGCAGGCCCGGUGGAGGCACUCCACUCCGACCUGCUGGAAAGGCGCAAGAUUGGUAUUCUGGAGGGCGGAUCUCCUCCAACGGACGUUGGUUCCGAGACUCAUUAAACAGGACACUGCUGCUUCGAGGUGUCAACCUUUGCGGGAGCUCAAAGCUGCCGACUACCCCCAACGGAAGCUCGCAUCUAAACGAGGGGUUCUUUGACCACCGCAACGUUUGCUUCUUGGGCCGACCCUUUCCACGAGAUCAAGCAGACGAACACUUUUCGAGACUGAAGCGAUGGGGCCUGACCUUUGUGCGGUUAUUGGUUCCCUGGGAAGCAUUAGAGCACUCUGGGCCUGGAAUAUACGACGACAAGUUUAUCGACUCGUUGGUCGAGCUGAUUGAGCUUAUGCCCAAGUACGGCAUCAAGUGCUUCAUCGAUCCACAUCAGGACUGCUGGUCCCGGUUUUCUGGUGGGUCAGGAGCACCAGGAUGGACUUUUGAGGCAGCUGGACUGGACAUGACAAAGUUCAAGGCCACAGGAGCAGCCUACGUUCAUAACACGAACCAAUAUCCUGGGGAUUCACCGCCCAUGGUCUGGCCUACCAACUACACCAAACUCGCUGCCAGCACCAUGUUCACGCUCUUCUGGGCAGGAGACACAUUUGCACCCAACAAGACAUACCAAGGAGAGCCGAUUCAGCAGUUCCUGCAAAAUAGAUACCUGGAGUGCUACAACUACCUCGCAAGACGACUGUGCCAUCUUGACGCGGUCAUCGGCUUCGAGAUCAUGAAUGAGCCCCAUCCCGGAUACAUCGGCUUGGAAAAUCUCAAACAGUACGACUUCAACUCAAACCUGAUUUUUGGCGACUCGCCCUCAGCGCUGGAAGGAUUUGCUUUGGGGGAUGGCAUGACGGUGCCGAUCGAAGUUUGGGUCAAGUCGUGGCCGCUCCCGACAAAGAAGCACAGGACGCGUUUGAUCAACACGGAAAAGGAGUCGGCAUGGCUCGAAGGAGAGUGUCUCUGGAAGCAGCACGGUGUGUGGAGCGUGAAUCCCAAGACAGGACAGCCUCAGGUCGACAAACCAGACUAUUUCACAAAAGACCCCAUUACAAACCGAAUUAUCGACUUUUCGAGAUUCUACCUCGACUUUAUCGGAAAAUACUCCAAGGCAAUCCAAAGCGCUAUUCCAUCUGCUUUCGUUUUCGUAGAGCCCGUCCCCAACGAACCACCACCGGUUUGGGGUCCAGGCGAUCACGAAGAAAACAUCGUCUAUGCACCACAUUGGUAUGACCUUCAUUCAGUCUUCAACAAAGCAUUCGAUGGCCGCAUUACUCACGAUGUACAAGGGUUAAGCAAGGGAAAGAAUGUGUUUGCGGCCACUUAUUUUGGUUUGAAGGGCGCAAGGAAGAACUAUCGUGGACAGCUCUCGAACCUCCUCAACCAAGGUUUGCAGAACGUUGGCAACAAGCCCUGCCUAAUUGGAGAGUGCGGCAUUCCUAUGGACAUCAACCGGCGCAGAGCGUUCCUGAAUGGCGAUUUCGGCCACCAUUCAAAAUUUCUGGAUGCUGUGCUCUCAGCCAUGGAGGCGAACUUGCUUAGCUUCACAUUAUGGAACUACAAUGCGACGAAUGAUAACACGUACGGAGAUCAUUGGAACGGAGAGGAUUUCUCCAUCUUCUCGCUCGACUCCCCCCAAGAGGAUGUAGUACCCAUCGAUUCGCCAUUCGACCGCUCUUACUUUCGCUUUGAGGAUGAGGAAUCGGACGAUGGCCGGUAUCAUGAAUCGCAUGUCGGCGGACGGGCCCUCGAUGCUGUCGUGCGACCAUAUGCCGCCAAAGUUGCCGGAGAGCCAAUCUCGACUGAGUUCAACCUCGCGACUCUCCAGUUCACAUUCAGGUUUUGCAAUUAUAUCCAAACACCCGUUCCCGUCGUCCAUGGCAGUGCGAUGGCCUUUGAGACCGAAGUUUUCGUCCCUUCGUACCAUUACGACGAGACUGGACUUGAGAUUUUAGUGAGCGAUGGUGACUGGCGCUAUGUGAAGGAACGCCAGACUCUGUAUUAUAGACAUCAUGACACGAAACCGGGCGCUGUGCACUCGAUCCAGAUCAAGCCCCUCAACGGAGCUAUGCCGCUCGUCUCCAUGGGCAAUAACAACUCUUCUGACACAUCUCUCAGCAAACCGACGACACCUGAGCCUUACAGUCGCUCCCACAUGUCGAAGGUGCAGGAGCCGUCCAAGCUGAAGUCCGAGGCAGUAUAUGGAAGAGAACGCGUUAAGCCUGAGAGUGAGACGGGAUGCGUAUGCACCAUCAUGUAG